AAACAGUGAGAGCUGGAGCAGAGGAGGACAAGCAGCAUGGCCGGGCUCCACGUCCGCUCCGUUCUGGUGACUGGGGCCAACCGAGGCAUUGGCCUGGGGUUUGUCCAGCAUUUCCUGAGGAUGCCAAACCCACCUCAGUGGAUCUUUGCAGGCUGUCGGGACCCCAAGGGACAGCGAGCACAGGAGUUGCAGAAUUUGGCCUCCAAGCACCCCAACAUCAUCAUCAUCCCGCUCGAAGUCUCUGACCCUGCCAGCAUCAAGGCAGCUGCAGCGAAGGUUGGGGAGCACCUGGGGGGCUCUGGGCUCAACCUCCUCAUCAACAAUGCUGGAAUUGCAAAGCCAUGCUCCCUUGAUAAUGAAACACCAGAGGAUAUGAUACAGGUUUACACCACCAACACGGUUGGACCUCUGCUGAUGGGCCAGGCAUUUCUGCCCUUGCUGAAGAAGGCUGCCCAGGGGAGCCCAGGCUCAGGGCUGAGCUGCAGCAAGGCUGCCAUCGUCAACAUAUCCAGCAUUGCCGGCUCCAUUGACACCAUGUUUGUGUGGGAGUUUGGACAAGUUGUCUCGUACCGCUGCAGCAAGGCUGCUCUGAACAUGCUGGGCAAGUGCCAGUCCCUGGCGUACAAGGAGCACGGCGUCCUCUGCCUCACUUUCCACCCCGGCUGGGUGCAAACUGAUAUGGGGGGUGGAGGAGAAUCAUUCAAGCCUCCCCUGACAGUGGAUGACAGCGUGCAAGGGAUGCUGAAGGUGCUGUCCUCCAUCUCUGAGAAGGAGACUGGGGCCUUCCUGGACUGGGAAGGGAAGGUCGUGCCCUGGUGAGAUGCUGAUUCAGGAUUCCGACUGUGAGGACCUUUGCUACCUGCACCAUGUUUUACCUGUCCCUUAGUAAAUGAGUUUCCACAAA